CUUUAUAAAUAUACACCACAACAAAACCCACGAAACCCAAGCUUGUAGUUCAUCUUAUUAUAUAAAUAUACACCUAAUAAACUGGCGAAAGCUGGUUCUUCUCCUCUUGGAUCUGCUUUGCUAAUCAUCUCCCAAGGCUUUACUACUUCGAAACAGGUACAAGAAGAGAGCACAAAUGGAAAACAUCCUUUUCGGAAACUCAAACUCAUCAACUAAGGACUUAACUAAUAAUGUGAAGGUGGACUUAGAUUCAUUGCCUCGCUUAUCUGGAAACCGUUGUAUAUACCGAGUUCCCAAGCGGCUAAGGUGUGUGAAUGACAAGGCCUACACACCCCAGGUGGUUUCCAUAGGCCCACUUCACCACGGCGCUGAAGGUUUGAAAUCAAUGGAAGAACAUAAGAUGAGAUUCCUACGUGAUUAUAUUAAACGCACAGAGGUAGACUUGGAGUAUUACGUAAGUAUCGUAAAGAAUCAAGAAGAGAAAUUGCGUAGUUGUUACGCAGAACAUAUCGGAUUCUCAAGUGAUGAGUUUGUAAAGAUUAUUCUGGUAGAUGCUGUCUUCAUCAUUGAGCUCAUUUUAAAGCACGAUCCUCGCGCGUGUGAGACCAACGAGCCCAAUUAUGUCAUGGAAAGCCCUUGGAUGGUGGACGACAUCAUGCCUGAUUUGUUGUUGCUUGAGAAUCAGCUGCCUUUAUUCAUCCUUGAGGAUCUUUAUUACCCAAAAACUGUAACUUACGAUGGUAUGACUCUUUCAUUCGCUUCGCUUUCCAAAUUACUCUUCACUAAUUUAUUAGACCCUGAACCAUCAAAAACUAAUUUUUUCAACCCUGAUUCAAAUAAGGAAAAUUCAUUAUUAAAUCAUUUAAUUGAUUUAUUGAUAAAUUCUGCUGUCCCCAAGAAGCCACAAUUUGGAGAACUGGCGGAAGGUAAGGCAUUGAGCCUUCCAACCGCAACAAAGCUACACCAAGCUGGAGUUAAGUUCGAGGUGAGCAAAGGCAAGAAGCUGCUUGACAUCCAAUUCUCCAAUGGAGUGUUGCAAAUUCCAAAACUGAGAAUUGUUGACUCUGCUACUGAAGCUAAAAUCAGAAACUUAAUUGCCUUUGAACAAUGUCAUGAUAGGGUAAAUAGAUGCGUUUCCCAUUAUGUUGUGCUCAUGGGCAGCCUUGUUGAUAAGUCCGAGGAUGUGGAAUUGCUUGUGAAAUUUGAAAUUAUAGAGAAUCGUAUAGGAGACAACAACCGGGUGGUUACUUUGAUGAACAAGCUGGGUGAUGGGGUUCAAUGGGAUCACAAAAAGUUCAUGUUUGCCGAAAUAUUUAGUCAACUUAUUGAGCACUAUAAAAACCCCUGGAACAAUCACAAGGCCAACUUGAAACAAAACUACUUCAACUCACCUUGGAAAACUCUUUCCGUGAUCGCAGCUUCUUUACUCCUUAUUCUCACCUUCAUACAAACAGUUUGCUCUAUUAUCUCUGUUGUUGAAGGCUAGCCUCCUUGUUAGUUCAUGUUAUUUUGCAUCUUUUAUAUGGUUAAUUUCUGAGAGUUGUACUCAUUGCAAGUUUAUUUGUGUAAGAGACUAUUGUUGAGAAUCUGAUCUGAGAGAGAAUCAAAGAAUAGAAAAUGUGUUUGUAGAAGAAAGUAAUCGAAUAUAUAUUCGUCUAA